AUGGGAAAAUUAAAUGUAACAAUUUUACGAUAUUUAACUCGAGAUGAUUUUCGAGUUUUAACAGCGAUUGAAAUGGGAAUGAAGAAUCAUGAACUUGUUCCUGCAUCAUUAGCUGCUCAAAUAGCAAAUUUACGUUAUGGCGGUGUACAUAAGUUAUUGAAAGAACUGUGCAAGCAUAAACUUCUCAGUUAUGAACGUGGAAAACAUUAUGAUGGUUAUCGUUUAACAAAUGCUGGUUAUGAUUAUUUAGCUUUGAAAGUUUUGGCACAAAGAGGUAUUAUUAAUUCUUUUGGUAAUCAAAUUGGAGUGGGAAAAGAAUCUAAUAUAUAUAUUGUUGCAAAUGAUAAUGGAGAUCAAGUAUGCUUGAAACUACAUAGAUUAGGAAGAACUUGUUUUAGAAAUAUUAAAGGUAAAAGAGAUUAUCAUCAACACAGAAAAUCAGCAUCAUGGUUAUAUCUAUCUAGAAUAUCAGCAACAAGAGAAUAUGCAUAUAUGAAAGCACUUUUUGAUAGAGGAUUUCCGGUACCUGAACCAAUUGAUUUCAAUAGACAUUGUGUUGUUAUGGAGCUGGUUGAAGGUGGACCUCUAUGUGGUGUGUACAAGAUAGAUGAUGUUGAAUCGUUAUACGAUGAAUUAAUGAAUAUGAUUGUAAAACUUGGAAAUCACGGUGUUAUUCAUGGAGAUUUUAAUGAAUUUAAUAUUAUGAUAACAAAUAGUGGAAAAGCAAUUCUUAUUGACUUCCCACAAAUGAUUUCCACUGAGCAUGUAGAUGCUAAAUUUUAUUUCGAAAGAGAUGUAAAUUGUGUUCGUGAUUUUUUUAAAAGACGUUUUGGCUAUGAAAGCGAAUUAUAUCCAAUGUUUGAAGAUAUUUUAAGAGAAGAUUGUAUAGAUGUGGAAAUUAAAGCCAGUGGACUUACAAAGCAAAUGGAAAAGGAUCUUUUGAAAGAAAUGGGAAUGAUUGAAAUUGAAGAUGAAGAAAUUGAGGAAGAAUGUAAAGAGAAUGUGGAUGAAGAAAAUAGUAUAAAUGAUAGUGAAAUUAAUAAUUUAAGACUUCAAGUCGAAAAUUCCGUAAGAAAUGAAUUUACAUCGGAGGAAACAUUUGUAAAUGCGGUAACAAAUGAAGAGAAAAAUUUAUUUGUAUCAUCUACAGAAAAUCAUAUUAUAGCAGGUGUUAAAAAUAUCGAUAUAUGUAAUUCAAAUGAAAAUAUGAUGAAUCCAAAUUCGCAUAAUUUAAAUGUGACAAAUAAUGAAGAAACGAAUUCAUUUUUUACUACAGAAACAUCUAAUUUAGAUGAUGAAUAUGUAGAAACAUUAAGUGAUUCCAAAAGUAUAUAUAGUACUACUACAGCUGCUACAAUUGCUCCUGAAAUUAUUAAAAAAAAAGUGAAAGCAGCUUUACAGAAACGUGAAAAAAGAGAUCAAUCCAGAAGAAUUCUUGUGAAAGGAGAGGCAAAUGCAGUAACUAGAAUUAGAAGGGAGAAUAGGGAUACAAUUAAACAAUCGACAGGAAUAUGGGGUUGGGAAUAAAAAUCAUAAUAAUAAUCACUUUUUUAUGAUUAUUCAUUAUAGAUAAUUUAUUUGAUGGAAAAAAAAA